AAAUAAACGCCCUUUGUAGGCUGUCAUUCAAUUUAAAACGGUUCAAAGCCGAGCGAAUUGGGAUCGGACAGUCGUCCCGAUUUCGCAAAUGGCCAGUUCAAGUUGGUAGCAGCUCGGCCGAGUUGCUCUCGCCUAUUUGACGCCUUUUCCAAGAGGGUUUUGCAAGGGAGCAGCGCCGAGACGAAGGAGGAAUUAUGGAAAAUUAUCUGAUAAAGGCGAGAGGAAAGUCGUUUUCCUCAGAAGGGUUUUUAUGACGAUUGAUUAUUUUGGUUGGAAGUUAGUGUGACACAUCCAAUGGGGUCUGGAGGUCAUUUGUUUGUCGAUGUUGGUAUGAUGUUGAUAGAGGGAAGAAUAGGCGAAACUGGGACGAAUCUCGGAUUUAGAGAAGGCCCUCAUUGCCCUCAGUUCAGUAAUUCUCCCUGUCUCCAUAAGUGCCAAGAUUCGUCUUUCCUUUGUGAAAGAGCUUGCAAGCUGAGGAAGCAUAUGGCCUUGUUGAGUGAAAAUUGUGCACCGAUGUGUAUUGAUGUCCUGUUAUGCCCAGAUUGUCUUUGCGGGCAGAAUCGAGCCAAUUCUACUAACAUUUGCCAAGUAGCUUCUCCAACUGAUUUGCUGAUUGAGCAAUGGACAGUCUCCAUAAUAAACAGCCGAAACAGUGGGGGAGUGAAUGUGCCUUCUGGUGCUGUGACAGAACGAGUCUUAUUGCAAGCUCUUAGAUCUCAACUUCAUUUUUCUCAGCUCUCUGCUUGGUAUUCUCUUGGAAAAAUUAAACAUGUAUGUUACCGUUUGUCCCACCCGGUCGGGUGUUCUGGAUUUACAAGGACACCUGUGGAACAUCAUUUUCCAAUUGCAAAUCUAACCCCAGACACAUAUCUGAAGGUCAGUUUAAAGUCUUUACCAAGGAUGGACAUGAUGCCUAUUGUGCAUUGCCCACAACAUUCUGGUCCUUCAACCCUUUCUGCAACUGUCACUGUGUUUAAAUCAGUCUUUGCCGAGUUAGGCCAGUGUCUGUUGGACCCGCCAACCCGUAUACCGGCUGUGAGAAAUGGUUUCAUGCUGUGGAGAGACAGUAAUAAAGAUUCGUCACCUGCAAGAAGGCGGAGAAUUUCACCACCGAAAUUGAACAAACCGUCAAGUCAAGUGUACAUAGGUGUAGUAGAUGACAGAAUGCAGAGUGGUUGUAAAUACAUAGGAAAGCAUCAUUGUGAAGAUGAAGUUGAGAUUUCUUCUUGUAGCAAGAGCAUAUCGUCCAAUCAAAUUAACACCCAACAAAGCUGUUACUUUCCAAAUUACCAAAUAACAGGGCCAAAAGAAAAAGACGUAUCAAGUGUAGGAAGAAACAACUGUGAUAUAUCUGACGGACAAUUGUUGGACGAAAGGGGCCAGAUGCAGCAUUUACUGCAGAUGGAGAAAAACAAAGAUAUUAAAAUGAAUGUGGGAAGUAGCAGGGCCGAGGUCCUCAUUACUUCGAUGCUCAAACAUAGCAAAGUCCCUACUGCGGUAAAUCCUCUUAAGCGUAAAUGGGUGACAGGCUUUGGCACAUCCCAAGAGGCUAGUUCAAAAAAACUUCUAUCUGAAAUAACCAUCAGUAACAGUAAGAAGUUAAACCAAGAAAAAGAACACAAUGAUCUUGCAGAAACAUUUAAUCGGCUUGAUAUCUCCAACAAUGCAAUUAAUGAAAAGCCGAAAGAACGUUUCAGCUCAAAAAGAAAAGUAUAUGGAGAGGACUCUGUUCGACAGCUUAAUAAUGUAAAGACGUUAGCCAUACCUUCACCUUCCAAUCGUAAUUACCGCCUUUGUUGGACGACAGAUUCAAGUUCAGAAGAGACAGAAGGAGAAAGUCCGGUUGGUAUGACCAAAGCGAAAAAUCACUUACUUAGUCAACGAAAUUUAGCGUUUUCUGUGAACCAAAAGGAUAAAAAGUCAAAACUUCUUAGGCCUUUGUUAGGCAAUUAUGAAGAAAAUCUUUUAUCGGGUAGAUUACAACCUUCUUCAGUGAUCAAUGGUUUCACUGCUGAUCUUGGCGCUAGCGGAACAUUUUGUCCUCAGCAUCUUCGUUUACCUGUAACAGUUUCGUUUUUUGCAAUAGAGCCACAUUCUACCCCAUACUUGGGUGAGAUCUUCUUGAAUAAGAAGGGGUAUACCAUCCCACCGACCGGUACUAUCCAGCUCACUCUACUCAACCCAUUGGGCACUGUGAUCAAAAUGUUUGUUGUCGCAUAUGAUGUGACUGACAUGCCUUGCAAUAGCCACACUUUUAUUCGUCAAAGAACAGUUUCAGACCCCCAACGACCAAGUCAUUACCUCAUUCAUCUCAGGCUAAGGAGGUCUAAAUCUGGGAGAGUUUCACUUGGCUCCGAUAUCAAGCUAAUUGUCAGCCGUCAGUAUGACAUUGACAGCUCGAUAAGGCUUGAUCUGGACACAGCAGAAAACAGUUCAGCUCUCAAAGUGAUAACAGUGAUGCCAUUGAAUCCAAAGUAUACAGUGAUAAAAUAAAGCACAUAAUUUUCUUUCCCUCUCUCUUUUUUCAUUUUAAUUCGUUGUUGACCAUAGAAUGGUCUUUAAUUAAUAAGUACCAAAAGUAUUGAUUGAAUGUUGUAAAUUGAAAAUAUAUUUAUCAGUGGAGCUAUA